AUGGGGUCAUAUCUGAAUAUGAGUCUCAUAAUACACGUAACUCCCACCCAGCAAGCUAACUUUGAUCAGACCCUAGUACGAGUACGUUUGUCAAUUGUAGAUGUGGUGACGUGUCUAGAUCAGCCAUGUAAGCACGGAACAUGUACCGACAACGGGGCCAGUUUCGUGUGUACCUGUGACGAGGGGUACACUGGGGUCACCUGUGAUUCACUGUUGGCAACAGAGGAAACUUCGGAGCUUCUUCUUCCAGAAUGGCUUCCCUAUUUAGAGUACGUGGUGGUGACAGUGGUGUCCCUUACAGGUCUUAUGGUGUUAGGAUGUCUUUGUCUCAAGUGUUGUCAACUCCUUGGCGUCAUUGAACACAAAGACGAUGAUGAAGACAAAGCAGACAGACAGAAUCGCAGAAAGGAUCUAAUACUUCUACAGAACCGCCCAAAACCGAUGCGAUUUAACAGUAAUAUGGAAAUGAUGUUCUGA